GUGGUCUUCCCAUUUGGCAUUAAGGUCAGGAGAUUUUGCUGAUGGCAUAGAAGCUUGGAUUCAACACUUAAAGAGUGCCUUGCCUGCUGAUGAUUUUGAAAACUUUGUAAUGAUGGUGUGGGGGGUUUGGAGGGCAAGGAAUGACAUGGUUUUUAACAAAGUUAGGCCUGAGAGUCAACAGAUAUUGAAUAUGGCUUUAUCAGUGAGAAGAGAUUGGCUGGAACACCAAGCUGUCAAAGGGACUCAAAGGCAUGAGCAGGCCAGCUGGUCUCCUCCAAGUGAGGGUUUUUUGAAGAUCAACAUUGAUGCAGGUUGGUCUGGCAAGGAGGGUACAGGGUAUGGGUUAGUGGUGAGAAAUGCAGAAGGUGUGUUUCAAGCAGCAGCAACUAAGUAUGUGGAUCAUCGUAUGGACCCCCUCUUGGCAGAAGCUCUUUGCUUCAGAUGGAGUGUGCAAAAGGCUUUGGAUUGGAACCUGGACCAGCUUAUUUUCUCUUCAGAUUGCAAGCAGCUUGUAGAAGCUUUCAAGAGCCCACAUAGUUUUCCUAUUUUACAGCAUAUUAUAGAUGAUUGUUUAAGUUUAGUUCCUACUUUUACUAAAUUUGACUUUAUUUUUGAAGGCAGGAGCACCAAUAGGGUGGCCCAUGCGUUAGCUGCUGAUUGUCAUUUGUAUCCAAACUGCUCUUGGUGGGGAGACCCUCCAGUAGGGAUUCUUCUUAGCUUGGCAGCUGAUUCUUCUUUUUCUUUUUGA